GCUUCCCGUAGUGGUUCUUAUGAGUUUCUCCGACUAUUACUCUUUUUUGAAAGAUUUCCAUACGUAUCUACACUCUGGAAACCUGUCACAUGUUAUUGAUAGCAAGCAAAAGAAGAAUAAAUUCAUUUUUUCUGACCUUCUAACGCAUGAAGAUUUAUCCUUAAUAAAUGAAACUUCUUUUGAUGUCUACUCUGUGACAUUAUUACCUGAUUAUGUGCCAGCAUUUGAGGACUACUGGGAAAAUAGAAAAGCUCAUGCGAAGAAUUUGUCACAGACACGCACACAGAAGGACAGAUGGCUUUUCCAGUACCUUCAGCAGAUACAUAAUACAACAGAGGACUCACUACAUAUUGCAUUACGAACAAGAGCUGUACUUUCUUCCAGCUACACAGUCCUUGUAUUUGCUCAAGCUCUAGAACAGGCCUGGAAAUCUGCAUGUUUCAAUAAAAAUGACGACUUCUGCCCAGAAAUGAUGGAUCUUGGAAGAAAUGUGUUCUUGGAAAAUUAUUUUGAGCCAGUCCUAAAGAACUCUGCAGUGUUCAAUCAAAGUGAAACUGAGGAAGAGCAAAGAAAGUUUCACACAUUUGUGCUUGUGAAGUACCAGAAUUCCUUACAGAAAAAUGAUUCUGUUGAGUUAACCAAGGUGAUUUACAACAAGUAA